CUCUAUUUAUGGGUCAAAGUUCGCAGAUACAACCCAUUCUUUGAUGUUCUUAGAAACUCCAGUUUUAAGUUUUAAGAAAAAAAGUUCUUUCCUUUAUCUAAAGCAGUUAUGGCCCCCCAGAAACUCCCAAUGGAAGUACUAUAAAGAAGUCUCCAAGUGUAGCAUUUGUUGCCAUGGGAACCAAGGUGUCCAAAGCCAAGCAGAGAAGUCCCUCCAUCAGUCCCCAUCCUGAACAGCAUCAUGGGACCACUCAGGCUGAGAACAGCUCACCUGUUGGCAAUGGAGUAUCAAAAGACCACCAUAGUGCACCCAAAGGACAACCAGCUAACCAGAUGUCCUCCCAAUCAGCUGCUAAGAUAGUUGCGGGAUGUUGGGAGAAAAUAGAACAACAGUGUGCACAUAACCAGUCAGGUACAUGGAACAGUAAGGGGAAGGACAGAGUACAAGCUGGAUGGCAGGAAGUGAGAAUCUUUGUUUCAUCCACAUUUGCUGACUUCCAUGCUGAAAGAGAAGCACUGGUCAAGAAGGUGUUCCCGGAACUGCGUGAGUGGUGCGAGGGGCGCCAGCUUCACCUGGUGGAAUGUGACCUGAGGUGGGGGGUCCCCAAGGACUCCACCUCACAAACAACCAUCAGCAUCUGUCUGGAGGAGCUGGACAGGUGUCUCAAGGAGACAGAUGGGCAGCCCUUCUUCUUGGCCAUGCUAGGGGAAAGAUAUGGCUGGAUCCCCUCAAGUGAAGAUGUGUCAGCUGACAUCAGAGACAAUUUUGAUUGGGUGGACCACCUGUCAAUCACCCAUAUGGAGGUUACCCAUGGUGCACUACGCCCAAAGAACCCCAAUGCAGCAUUCUUUCUCAGGGACCCCACAUUCCUCAAGGAUAUACCAGAAGAAUUUUAUGGAAGUUUUGUAGAUGAUGAUCCCCUAUGUGUAGAACAACUUAAGGAGUUAAAGUCUCGGCUCCAUCUUAAGUUUCCAGACCAGACCUUUGACUACAAGUGUAAUUUCUCUGAUGUGCAAGCAGCUGACAACAAGGUGCAGUUAUCAGAUCUGGAUGAUUUCUGUACACAGGCAGUGGAGUUCUUGAAAAAUGCCUUCAAUAAGAAAUACCCUGAAGACCGUUUGCAACAUGAUCCUCUUAGCAUAGAACUGCUGCCCCACGACACCUAUAUGGAACAGAAAGGCCAGCUGGUGCUCGGCAGGGAAGCUGAGAUGGAGAAGUUGAUGCAGUUUGCCACAGGAGAUGAUGUCAGCUCCUCAGCAGUCCCCUCAGACUCUGGACAAGCUGAACAAGGCAGCUGCCCAAUACUGAUGGUGCUGGCUCAACCUGGGACUGGAAAGUCUUCUCUUAUGGCCAAGUUCACCAUGGAAGUCAUACAGAAGUCUGACAAUGUCUUAUACCACUUUGUUGGAUGUGGCCCUGACACCAUGGAUCCAACUAAUAUUCUUCAGAGACUGUACAAAAAGCUACACCCAUCUGGUUCAGAAACAGAAGAAGACAAUGAGAUGUCACCUGACCAGCUGAAGGAGAAGGUGCAGAAACAUCUGCAGGACUUUGGAGAAAAGAAGGAGAGACUGGUCAUCAUCAUCGAUGCUGUCAAUCAGCUGGCAGAUCAAAGCUCUACCUUCCACUUGGACUGGUUGCCACCAACAUUUCCUUCCAAUGUUCGCUGCAUUGUUAGUACAACAGAACACCCUCCCACCCUGAGCAGACUGAGGGACAGACAGCCCCCUCCCGAUGAGCUCACAGUGCCUGACCUGGACAAGAACACAAGACAGGACAUUGUUACCAGAUACUUUAAGAGAUACAAUAAGGCCCUUGACAAGGAGCAGCUAGAGCUGCUGACAUCUUCAGAUGGGUCCAGUAACCCCAUGUGGUUGGCUAUUGCAUGUGAGGAGCUGCGAGUUUACGGAGUAUUCGAACAGGUUACCGCAAAGAUCCAGUCUCUGCCACCAUAUUUGGAAGGCCUGCUGUCCAUGGUGAUAUCACGGGUCAUCCAAGAGGACGAGACCAGGUGUGCAGAGAAGAUGCUGUGCCUUCUGGAGUGCUCUCAGAGUGGACUACAGCAGACCCAGCUGCUGAUGUUGCUAGGUGACCCAGAGAAAGCCACGCCUCUCCCCCUCCUGACCUGGAGUCAGGUGCACAGGUCACUCAAGCCCUUCUUGAGGAACACCACGGGCCACAUGAACCUGCCUGGUAUGGACUUCUGCCACAACUCCAUCAGACAAGUGGUGCAGGAGACCCUGUUGAGUAACCAGGCAACUCAGCAGAACUACCACAAGCUGCUGGCUGACUACUACCAGGGACAAUGUGCUAGCCAGCAGUUGGUGGCCUUGGAGUUACCUUACCACCUGCAGCAGGCUGGUCUGCACUCCCAACUGGUGGAGUUUCUGAGAAAAGACCCUCGGUCACUCAAGAUGGCAAUGCACAGCAGGCAGAAAUACAUGAAUGCCAUUCGAUGCAGGACCUACAUCCCACCAGGUGGGUUUCACGGUGGCCAUGUUGCCCAGAUAGUGAUCUGCAAGAUGUGCUCUAUGCGGAUGCAGGCCUUCACACCUGCCAGGACAAUGAACAAAGACACCUGCGUCAUCUGUGGUCACUUCACUCCCUUCAAGAAAGAACAGCAGAAGGUUCAGUUCUGCAUGUUGCACAAGCCUCCCCUAGUGGCUCCAGGCCAGGACUGGUGUGUGGUGUGUGAGAAGCCUGCCAUUGCCCUGAGAGGACGACAGAACGACCCGGCCUAUCUCUGCAUGAUGUGCAGUGUAGGGAUAUCCACCAACAGAUGCGCAAAGGUCUAGAAUGCAUCGUAUCAUCUGACUAGUUUUUAUUUGUAGAAAAGAUGUAUGCAGUAAAAAACAUAUUGAAAGGCUUUUUUUUAUGUAUAUAUUAAAAGAAAGUGUCAAUGUGGAAGCUAAUCAUCAUCAUCAUCAUCAUUGGUCGAUGUGCUUACACACGACGGGGUUAAACCGCCCCCUUACAGGGUGACAUACCCUUUCGCUGGCUAAUUAUAAGACGGGGAUGCGCCAGGUCUCCCGCGAGGAAGCUAAUAUUUACCAAAAUUGCUGUACAUAAUAUUAUGGUGAUAAUGUCUGUAACAAAGUUGAUGCUAAGUUCAUGUAAAAUCUGCAACUUGAGAUUUUUCACCCUCACUCUACUUUAUUAUGAUUAUCAGUGACAUCUCCAGCUUGAUUUUAUUCUGCCCCACUCAUUGUCUGGGAGCUCAUGUUGAUAUAUCUGUUAUUUUAAGCUUACAAAGAAUACAUUUCAUCAAUUUCAGGUUGUGAGGUCAAGGGACAGGGUAGAAUUCAAUUCUGUUCCAAUAAGCACAUUUUGCACCCAUGGCUUAAGGGUAGACUAGAAAGAGUACGGCAAACCCACUAAUGCUGACCAUAGCCUGUGUGACGGUCUGCAUGGGGGUCCCGACAACACUCCACUCAGAAUUCAGAAGUAUUAUGCUAAAAUCAAGGACAGUUACGCAAAAUUUGCUGACCUUAUAUCAUAUGGAUAAGAUAGUUUUCCCUACAAAUUAUAAGAAGUCAAAAUAGGCUGCCUACGCUAUAUGCCUACGCCUUACAGAGAAGGGGCAUGCAGGCCCUAUACAGAUAUUCUUUCUUCAUGGUAGAACUUUAGUUGUGACAGAACAGUAAUGAUGUUAAGAAGACUGUAAGAAAUGAACAUCAUGAGCCAAGUGGUAUUGUCAGGACUUUUAUAACAGCACAAACAACCACAAGAUAACAUCACUUGUCAAUGAAUCAGUGGUAACAAAAAUCAUCAAUAGAAAACAAAAUUGAAAUAAAAGAUCUUGGUCAUGUUGAGAUCAGUUAUAUCCUAAAAAGAACUGCUUUUGGUGGCAUCUUCCUCCUGACAUUGGAUCAAAUGACUGUUCUAUUGUAUAAGUUCAUGUUAUAUAAUUCCUUCCUUGCACAACAGGCUAAGAUAAUGAAAAUUACGAUGUAAGAGUUGUGCCACAAUGUUACAUGGGGGAGGGGGCCCACAGCUGCAUGGAAAAUGUAAUGAUUUUUUCAGGAUGUUUUUACCACAAAAAAUACAAGAUGAAAGUUUGUGGCUGCCCCUGCAACUUGAAGGAAAAUACCCCCUCACUUUCCCAUUUUUCUGUUGCCAGAAAUGAAAUGUUCUUUAUUGCAUAUCAUUCUCUACCCUGCCUUUCUGCAUUUAAUGUGGUGCAGUGAAUUGUUGUAGAUUUUAAGAUUUA